AUGUCGCGAAGCCGGUUUCUCUUCUUGGGCACAGGAAAUGCACCAUCCAAGUUCUUCGAAUCGGCCCUCUGCCGGCUGCAGCCUGUGUACAACUUCCACGUGGACGUUUUGCAAAGCAGUGCUGCGUAUUCGGCAUUGCAAGCGAAACACGGCUACGAUGGACUCCUUCUCUACAACUCGAAGGACGGGGCCAGCAUCCUCAAGGACCAGCUCGCAUCCGAGCGUUUGAGAUGGGUGCAUUGUUUCACUGCAGGGGUAGAUGCCUACUUGCGCGAUGCCACGAUCAGAAAAUCCCAGAUUCCCAUCACCAAUGUAAAGUCGGCUUACAGCGAGCAUCUCGCGCAGUUCGUUGUUUUUGCAGUCCUAUUCUUCGCCAAAAAGGCAAUGCACUUCCGCAGUUCGCAGCGUGCCAAGCUUUGGGCUCCUACAUUUGUGGAUGAUGUGAAAGAGCAGUCGAUUUUGAUCGUGGGCUAUGGUGACAUUGGCACCGCGUGUGCGAAGAAGCUGCAUGGCUUGGGCAUGACAGUAACGGGAGUUAAGUCACGGCCCGAAUCUUCCAGCGAUGACAGCAAAGCAUGCGCACAAAUUUGCGAGGUUGGUCAACUUGAAUCUUUGUUGCCCACGGCUGACUAUGUACUGAACCUGUUGCCACUAACCCCGGCUACCCAAGACUUCUUUGAUGCCAAGCUGUUCGGCCUGAUGAAAUCCAGUGCUGUCUACAUGAACUUCGGCCGAGGGCAGACCAACAAUGAGGCUGACUUGUUGGCGUCGCUGAAGGCGGGACAAAUUGCUGGUGCGGUCAUGGAUGUUUUCCAGCAGGAGCCGCUUCCGGCAGACAGCGAGUUCUACUCGCUUGAGAAUGUUUUUCUCACGCCGCACUCGGCAGAUGACACAGCAAACACCCAUGACAACGCGGUGCGAGUCUUCGAGCAGGUCUUGCAAAGCUAUCUUGCAAGCAAGGAGUCAGGCAAGGCUCUCCUAAAUGUAGUGGACAAAGAGCGCGGCUACUAG